AUGGGAACUGGAGAGCGUGAAAUGGGAUGGAUUGCAGAUACUUACGCUCAGACCAUCGGACAUCUCGAUAGGGACGCUGCCGCUUGCAUUACUGGAAAGCCCAUCGUAGCUGGAGGUAUUCAUGGCCGUGUUUCGGCAACUGGUCGAGGAGUUUGGAAGGGUCUUGAGGUGUUUACCAAGGAAGAGGAGUACAUGAGCAAGAUUGGACUUUCGACUGGAUUGCCGGGAAAGACAGUGAUCAUUCAAGGUUUUCGAGCUGGAGCCAAGAUCAUUGGAAUUCAAGAGUAUGACUGUGCCGUUUACAAUCCUGAUGGACUUCACCCCAAGGAACUUGAAGACUGGAAGGACCAGAACGGCACCAUCAAGAACUUCCCUGGAGCCAAGAACUUCGAACCAUUCACUGAUCUCUUGUACGAGGCUGCCGACGAUCCUCGCUUCCCGCUGCCUGUGAAAAAAAGAAGGCCAUCCACAAAGAGAAUGCCAACAGAAUCAAGCAAAGAAGAUUUUAGAUUAUCGCUGAGGCAGCGGCAAGCUAACGGACCGACUACUCCUGCUGCAGAUAAGAUUCUCCUUGAACGCGGAAACUGCCUCAUCAUCCCUGACAUGUACGUCAACUCUGGUGGUGUGACUGUCUCAUACUUCGAAUGGUUGAAGAAUCUUAACCACGUCUCUUACGGUCGACUUAGCUUCAAGUAUGAAGAGGACUCCAACCGAAUGCUUCUGCAAUCUGUACAAGAUUCAUUGGAGAAGGCUAUCGGCAAGGAAGCUCCUGUAAUUCCAAAUUCUGCAUUUGCUGCUAAAAUUGCUGGAGCUAGUGAAAAGGAUAUCGUACAUUCCGGUCUUGAAUACACGAUGACCCGCUCAGGAGAAGCAAUCAUCCGCACCGCUCGAAAAUACAACUUAGGCUUGGACAUCCGUACAGCCGCUUAUGCUAACUCAAUAGAAAAAGUAUAUAAUACCUACAGAACUGCCGGUUUCACUUUUACGUAA